UGUCCGUGGUGACGCCUGGACUUGUUGCACAGAGCUUGACCGGCCAACGCCCUGACAGCGCAGAUGGCCCUUCGCUGUCCCUUCGCUCUCCCUUCGUUCGCAGUUCUCAUAAGAUGACAUUGGUGUUCAUAGUGAUGUUUUCUUAGUUGUCCAGUUUCACUCUGAAAUCUCCAUCUGUUUUUUGGGCUUUUUCUUGGAAAAAGAAGCAUCCCCAAGCUUGUGUUUCUGUGGUAUGACUCCAAUCUUCCUGAGACCUUGGCACACUCUGUUGCUUGAGUAAGGAUGCCUUAAGAAGAAAACUAUGGAUAAAUAUAUUAAAGUGCAAAAAAUUGGAGAAGGAUCCUUUGGGAAAGCCUUUCUUGUGAAAGAUAAAGAAAAUAGCCAGCAGUAUGUUAUUAAAGAAAUUAACAUCUCGAAGAUGUCAAAUAAAGAGAGAGAAGAAUCAAGGAGAGAAGUUGCUGUACUGGCCAACAUGAAACAUCCAAAUAUUGUCCUGUAUAGGGAGUCAUUUGAAGAAAAUGGUUGUCUGUACAUAGUGAUGGAUUACUGUGAAGGAGGAGAUCUCUUCAAAAAAAUAAAUGCCCAGAAAGGAGUCUUAUUCUCUGAGGAUCAGAUUCUGGAUUGGUUUGUACAAAUCUGUUUAGCACUGAAACAUAUACAUGACAGAAAGAUCUUACAUCGCGACAUCAAGUCACAGAACAUAUUUUUAACCAAAGAUGGAACAAUACAGCUGGGAGAUUUUGGAAUCGCCAGAGUUUUGAACAGCACUGUGGAACUGGCUCGCACUUGCAUAGGAACACCGUACUAUCUAUCACCUGAGAUAUGCCAGAACAGGCCUUACAACAAUAAAAGUGAUAUCUGGGCCCUUGGUUGUGUUCUCUAUGAAAUGUGCACGCUUAAACACGCAUUUGAAGCUGGUAACAUGAAGAACUUGGUACUGAAGAUCAUCUCUGGAUCUUUUCCUCCGGUUUCUAUGCAUUAUUCCUAUGACCUACGUAAUCUACUGUCACAGUUAUUUAAAAGGAAUCCUAGGGAUAGACCAUCAGUAAACUCCAUAUUGGAGAAAAACUUCAUAGCCAAACGGGUUGAAAAAUUUCUCACACCACAGCUUAUUGCAGAAGAAUUCAGUCACAAAACGUUUCACAAGUUUGGAGCGCAUGCUGCGCCAGCUAAAAGACCAGCUCAAGGACAAAUCUCGGCUUCAAUUGCACCAGCUCAGAAAAUUACCAAACCUGCUGCAAAAUACGGAGUGCCUUUAGCGAUGAAGAAGUGUUAUGACGCACCCAAAAAGCAUCAUGAGAAAAAGUCAUUGAUUAAACUUAGGCAGGAACCUUCAAAAAAGAAAAGGUUAGAAUUGCCUGAAAAAGAAAAACGCCAAAGAGAUCAGAUCAGUUUACUGAAGGCAGAGGAAGUAAGAAGACUGGAAAAAGAAAGGAUGGAACGAAUAAACAGAGCCAGGGAACAAGGAUGGAGGAAUGUGCUUGGUUCAGGUGGAAGUGGUGAUGUUAAGGCACCGUAUUAUGGCGGUGGAGGUGGUGUUGGUCCUUUUCCUGCCUCUUUGAGAGGACAGUAUGAGCACUAUCACGCUAUUUUUGACCAGUUGCAAAAGGAAACCUUCAAAGUAACUAAAGAGAGGCAAGCCAAAUGGAGGGCGGAAGUACAAGGCCAAGAAGCUGCUGAGAGAGGAAUUCCACCUGGAGUACGUCCAGGAGUUCCUAAGGGGCCUGCAGGUCAUCACCAUUUACCUGAUGCUGAUGCAAUUAGGAAAAAAGUGAAAAGGUUGAAGGAGGUGUCUAAACAAGCCAGUGCAAACAGGCAGAAAGGAUGGUUACCUGCUGAAAGAGCAAAGCAAGUUGAAGAAUUCUGGCAACGAAAGAGGGAAGCCAUGCAAAACAAAGCUCGUGCUGAGGGACACAUGGGUACACUGCAAAACGUGGCAGAUAUCUAUGGAGGCAGGCCCAUGUCUGCAAGAGGAAGGAAAUCCAGAAACAAGGAAGAAGAGGAAUAUUUGGCAAGGUUAAGACAGAUACGACUACAGAACUUCAAUGAACGUCAACAGAUUAAAGCGAAACUUCGUGGAGAGAAGAACGAAGCUCCCAGUUCUGAUGGACAAGAGUCAAGUGAGGAAGCAGAAAUGAAACGCAAAAAGAUAGAAGCACAGAAGGCCCAAGCAAAUGCUCGAGCUGCAGUUCUGAAAGAACAGUUAGAGCGAAAGAGGAAGGAAGCAUAUGAAAGAGAGAAGAGAGCUUGGGAAGAACAUCUGAUAGCUAAAGGAGUAAAGAAUCCUAAUGUGCCUUGUCAUGUGGGAGCAGCAGGACACAGUCCUGUGCACGGAAUACAAGAGCCUGGAGUAUCUCUUCCUAAGCAGCAGCUUCCAGUUAAGCCCAUCUCCAUGACUUCUGCUUUGAAAGAAGUGGGAGUGGAUGGAGAUGUAACCGCUGCCCAGGAGGUUAAAGAGGAAGUCAAGAAGCCAGAUCUUGCAGUGCAGAACAAGCGGCAAAUUCUGAAAAGAUUAAAUCAAAAUCUUAAAGCUCAGGAAGAUGAGAAAGGAAGAAAGGAUGAUAAAAACAUCUCUGAGUCGGAUGGGUCCGAAGAUGGUAAAGAAGAGCAGGAAGAUAACUAUCCACUUGUAGGAGAUCGCAAAAGAUGGGCAUCAAGAGCAUCAGAUUUGGUAGUUCCUUUAGCUCAGUUAACAAUGGAAGAGUCUCUCUCUGGAACGGACCGGCAAACUAUGGGAGAAGUAAUUAGGCUGGAUAUUGGUGAACCUCGCAGGAAAGUCUGGGGCAAAAGCCCUACUGAUUCGGUCUUGAAGAUUCUAGGAGAAGCAGAGCUGCAGCUACCAACUGAAGUACUGGAAGAAAUAGAUGUAAUAAAUGAGCCGGAUGAUUUGGAAGCAGAGGUGUUGAAAGAAACUGAAGAAAAUAAAAAAGACCAGAGCAAGGAAUUUCCCAUCUCUGUUAAUGAAGUGUGGGUGAAAGAAAAACAGGAUAAUGCACAACAUGACAGAAGAGAUGAAGCAGCUUUGGAGAAAGCAGUACUUGAUGAAGUGCAAUCACAAAAUGAAGCUCCAGGAGAAACUUGUUCCAGUGACUCUCUGCAACCUGAACCGUUAUUCCAGAGGGUGAUACAGCCCCCAGCUGUACCUACAGCCUCACCAGUUCUAUCAUCUCAGUCUUCCCAGGAAGAGCCUUUUGUACCUCGUUCUCGUUCCAGAUCGCCAGCAAAAAAUAAAGGGAAAAGUUCCUUGUUUUUUGGACUUUCUACAGGGCUGUUUGAUGCAAACAACCCAAAGAUGUUGAGGACGUGUUCGCUCCCGGAUCUUUACAAACUGUACAGAACCUUAGUUGAUGUUCCCAGCAUAGCAGAUGUGCAGCAUCAACACAGCCUUGAAAUAGAUGAUACAGAAGAUGAGCAGGCCAAAGAAGGACCCUCUGAUUCGGAGGAUAUCAUGUUUGGGGAGGCCGAUACAGAUUUGCAGGAACUCCGGGCCUCAAUGGAACAAUUGCUUAGGGAGCAGCCUGAGGAAUUAAGUGAAGAGGAGGAAUCUACUUUAAAGGCUAACGUCAUCAAAUGCAUGACAAAUGGUACGGAGCUGGAUGAAGCAGAUGAAAAUAACCCCAGCAGUGAAAGUGCUCUUAAUGAAGAAUGGCAGUCAGAUAACAGCGAUGGAGAUAUUGCCAGUGAAUGUGAAGAGUGUGAUAGUGUCUUCAGCCAUCUGGAAGAGCUGAGAUACAACCUGGAGCAGGAAAUAGGCUUUGAGAAAUUAAUUGAAGUUUAUAAUAAAAUAAAGGCUAUACAUGAAGAUGAAGAUGAAAAUAUCGAUAUUUGCUCAAGCAUAGUUCAGAAUAUUCUGGGAAAUGAACACAAACACUUGUAUGCCAAAGUACUUCACCUAGUCAUGGCAGAUGGAGCCUACCAGGAAGAUAAUGACGAAUAAAGCUGACUCAGGAAACUCCCUAGUGCUGCACGACACAUCAGUGUUCAAAGUCUGCACAGCAGAGUAACAGAUUGUAAUGAGAAUGUAACAUGGGGCAGGAGAAAGAAGAGCUGGAAAAAGAGUGCUGACAGUAUGAAGCAGAGAGGAAAAAAGAUGCCUUUUACCCUCAGAUAUGUAUACACUUCUCUUGUGUGUCUUGCAUACGUGGUCAUUAAAUAUUAGAUGCCUAAAUUUGAAAAAACAAGCUAUAAUCUCUCUCUCUCUCUCUCUCUCUCUC